CAAACCUUUAAGUGUAUCUCUGUCUGUCUCACUGGCGGCGCCACGCGCGGGCAGCCAUAUUCAUUUGUGCCGACUUCCAGCCAUCCGGUCAGAAACCAAGUGCUUGGGCAGUCACACAUUCCUGCAUCGACCAUCCAUCACGUUUGGUGUAUCUUGUUCACCAAGAGGCCGUGCAGUCAGUUGGUGUCUCACGCCGCCUAUUUGAUCUUCGCCUUGAUCUCUUUCAUGUGCCCCUCCAUCCUUGCCUCCAUCUCCGCCUGUCGUCUGUCCAUCUCCGUCAGCCGCUUGUCCAUCUGCUUUUCCGUUUGUUUCUGCUCUGUCCGCACCUCCGCGAGUUGUGUCCGCAUCUCCCGCAAGGCUGAGGGGCAAAGAAAUGAAUGGGCUUCCGAAGAAAAAGAGUGCUCUGCCGUGUACUGCCUCCCUGUGGGUCCUGUCUCACCAGCCAUGACAUCAGGCACGCUCGAGUCGUGAUGGUCGGCCGCCUCAAUCCACUUGUCGAUGCUGUCCUUGAAUUUGAUCCGUGCUUUGCGUCUCUGAUCAGCCAUCUCCGAAAUGUCAGUUCCGGUGGCGCCAAAAGAAAACAGCCCCUACCCGAGAGAAACGAGACAAAGCCAUUGAUUGUCUCAUGUGACUUGUCUUAAGUUGACCCUCACUCGCUGGGCGUAUUGGCACAGAAGAAAAAGUGACAUCAGGAGGAUGACAAGGGGUAUGACCAGUACCUCCCAAUAGUUCCCUCCCCGUAUCAGUCGUGGGAGACGCUCCAGCACUUUGUAGAUGGCCACGGGUGUGAAGGCGACGGCGAAAAGGAGUCCGUCGACGGUAAAGUACAGAGCCACCAUCGACCAGAAGGCAAUGCGGCAGAGUGCCGACUGAUGUCGCCGUUGUUCGCUGAUGAGGGAGGCGAGAUACCGCAGGGGCUCCGACACGACCACAGCUGCACACACACAGAUGCCCACAUGUGACGGAUGCAUUUCAUGACUCUUGUGGCACCGACCGAUGAGGUUGAAUGGCGACGGCAGUCGCUCGUGGUGCGGCAUUGUCAGAUACUCAUUCAACACGCGAAUACGCAGCAGCCUGCGGAGAUGAGCGGAGAGAGGGCCAUUAUGUGCCGCUGUCUGUCUGUCUGUCUCCCUCGUCCCUGAUACUGAUAUUGUGCAGCCUGUGUCUCCUCGAUGGCCGAAUACGUCGACGCCUGACAUACACAGAGAAAGAUUGAACAGCCACAUGGCCCACUCGAUUUCCCUUGUAUCUCGUGUCUGUCUCACCAUGAUGGCGAUGAGCAGGUUGAGCUAUCGAUGGAUGCCGGCAGACACAAAGAGAGACAGGGACAACAAAGGGAGUCCUUGUGUGUUGCUGAGAGAACGAGUGGUUUCGACGUACGAGUAUGAUGGACGAGAGGAUGACGUAAGUGAACAGCAGGACGGCCCCCAGCGUGUCGUGGCUCUCUAUGGCGUUGGUCAGCGCCUCGUUGAACUCACCGAGACCCGCGUAGAAACUGCACAGCACAACAAGACAGAGAGAGGCAGGUGUCCCUUUCCUCUGUGUCUUCUCAUGAGGUCCCAUGCGCACAGAGUGAGUGUGGCUUUGGGGAAGGAGCCGAAGUACUGGUGGUCUUCGUCGGACGAGAGGACGGUGAAGACGCCCGCGAAGACCAGCAGGAUGUAGACGUACAGACACAGAAACAUGCUGAUGUCCGAAAACAUCCUCACAACCGCACUGACACACACACACCACACACAGCAUCAGACGCCUCUCUCUGUGUGUCUGUGUGGCUCCCUUUCACUGACAGUAUGAGUGGCCCCACGGUUGGCUGCAGGCUGGCGGUUUGCAGGAGGCGCAGCGCAAAGAGCAGCGCUAUGACGAUCAAUGAGCUCACUUCCGCCUCGGCAGAGUAGCCCAGGAAGUGGACGGCAAUAAAGGCAGUGAUCGCCAGGCUUGAAGACAUGUCGAUGACAUUCCUGUGCAGUGAUGUAUGCCAUAAAGAUGAGGUCGCCAGUAUGGUUGUCUCUGCAUUUCGGACUCGUACCAUGAGUCGGCCCAGUAGGCUGCCUUCAGGCGGACGCCCUGCAGACACACAGAGGGGAUGUCGUCGUUUCUCAGUCAUGUCUCCCGAUCUAUCUCACUUGGAAGGCCUCCUGAAUCACGAAGCCGAUGCCGGUCAGCACUGCCCCCCACAGCCACACCGACUGGCCCAUCACGGCACUCUCAAUCACGCCGCUGUCUCCUCUGAUCGACUCGAUGUGCAGCAGCACAAAGGCCACCCUGCAACACACACAGACAAGAGGUGCCAUGCGCUUUCUCUGCCUCCAUCGUGGUCCAUGUCUGUCGUCUUACAUCAGCAGCAUUGACAGCACGCGGGUAAUAAAGACAUCACGGGGUGCAAACUGAAUCCCAAAAAAGUCAGUAUGUGGUGGUUGCCAGUGCUUUGUGACGAGAGAGAUGCAGUUGGCUGUAACAAUUAUUGGCAGAAGGACGACGCCAUGAGCGGAUCGACAGCCAAAAGGGUGAGGUCUCUGUGUUGGCUACCUUGAGUCACUACUGUCAGGGGCUCCGCAGAUUCGAGCAGCGCAAACCACUCUCUCUCUUUGCCCUUAAGUGAGUUUCGGAACAAGUCUUCGUCUGUAUCGCUGCAGAAGUUAGCCGUGAGAGCCUGAACCGAUUGGAUAAUCACACGCAGAAGCAGAGGACGCCUGUGUGUGUGUGGAACAUUUACCUCGUUCCAGCCUGCUGUCUUCUCUAAAUCACUGCACACAAAACAAAAGGGGAAAAAGGUGCAGACUCGCAUUGUGCUCCGAUUCUCUGUCCAACUCACUCUGUGAGGGAGUCAUUCUGCCGAGACUUAAUCAAUCGGCGGAAGGUAGAGCACCAGCGGAGACUGUCGACGCCCAGCGAAUCACAUCGCCUCAGGCACUGUCCUAAGCCGUAUUUCGCGUAGGGGACCGCUUUGGGAAGGAGCUCUGGAUCCUGCAGCACGCUCUCGAGCUUCUCGUCAUCUGUCCCCAGGAGCUCCAUAGCGACCGCCCCAGCCACGGCAAACAUCGCACCAACGAAUUUUGGGUCGUUUGCCCUCACAUAGGUUUCCUCGAGGGCAAAAUCGAGAGGCGUCCUUCCGUACUGUCAGAGUCACAUAACCAGGGACAAUACCGAGAAAUACCUCGGCGCAGUGCAGCGUACAUUGUUUUUGAUCCUCAAGAGCUGUGGGUUCACCCUUAACAUCCACUCCACCACAUCGACAUGGCGAUUCCCUGCAGGAGAACACAAAGAGACACGUUGAAGACUCAUGCCCUUGUGGUUGUCAUUUGCAGAAGUGAAUGACAUGCUGCCCGAUGAAGAGGCGUCCAGCCAUCCUACAGACACAAAAUGGAGAAGACAUCUGUCAGCUGUUCAAUGCACCAGUCGACAUUCCUUUAUCCUUACGUUGUCCCGAGCCUCCAGCAGUUCCUUUCCGCCCCACUCGACAAACUUCUCCACAACACCAACUGACCCUUCUCUUGCUGCCAAGUGAAGAGGCGUGUUGCCACCCUACAGACACAGCAUGAGGGCAGCAGUGAAGACAUCGGUCGGCUGAUGAGUAGAAUCAGUGUAAUUGUCGAGCACGAUACCCCAUCUUUCAGGUUGAGCAGGUGGUGUCGGUUGUGCAGCAGCACCUCAAACACCGCCACAGACGAACUUCGCCCUGAGGAGCACACACAGGGGCCACUCAGCUGCAUCAUCAUGUUUGUGUCGUGAUGCGAAGAGGCGUACCUGCGGCGUAAUGGAUGGCAGAUUCUUCGUUCCGGUAGCCGUAUCCAGUCGUCAGCACUUUCUCGGUUUGCUCAGGCAACAGACCGUCGAGGGCCUUCCGCAGGUCCUCCGCAUCUGACGCAUCGAUGGCUUUCUUGAUGCUGUCUCUCAGUGCAUCUGUCGGUUCCCACUCGUCGGCGGCCGGGGCGCCCACCAGGGGGAUCUGCAGACGACGCACAGACGUCCGAGAGGCCUCAGAGUCGACUGACACCAACACACCUGCUCGAAGCGUCUCGGUGCCUUGGUGAUGUCAUCGGUGACGUCGGGCAGCUGGGGCUCCGUCAGCCCUUGGCCAUCGUCCUGCAGGAGAGGAAUGUGCUCACUCGAGGCCGACGCCAUCUGCAGUGGACAGACGCACACAGACACCACUCGUCAGAGGCAGCCGCUGGUCACUGUGCCACAAGGGCAUUGCAGGGUGACCUUGGGAUGGUCUGUCUGUGUGUGGUGGAUGGCCUGCUGUGCGGCAGCGUCGCCCUCGUCGACUCUCGGCAGCUGGAUGUAGCACGCCUCAUCAACACCACUGGGGCGGCUGUGGCCGUCUCGCACACUGCCGCCCCCCCGGCCCUGCACACGGGGGCUGCGCUGCGUGUGCAGCAAACCCUACAUCUUUGCCACACGGGGUCUCCUGGCGCGAGACGC